AUGAGCCGGACCAAGAAGAGCGCGCGUCGAGGCACCCGCAGAGACGAAACUACAGCUGAUUCGAACAAGAAACAAAGGAAGGAGGUGACUAAAACUGUAACCUCAAGUACAAAAACAUUUGUGGCUGUAAAUGAUGCUGAAGGAAGUCACCAGUGGGCCGAGAAUACACUGACGAAGCUGCUGGGUGGCAUGUCAUUGGACACGUUUGAAUCCAAAUACUUUGAAAAGAAGCCGUUGCACGUACGUAAAGUGGACAAGAGCGUGCUAUUUAGUAGUGGUCUUUUCUCACGCAAGAAGAUGCUCAAGAUCAUGGAAAAAGAGCCGCGUAGCAUGAGCUUUGGCAAAGAUUUGAUGGUCUGUCGAUACAUUAAUUCAGAGCGUGAGAAUUUUGAUGGUGAAGACUCUAAUGGACAUGCAACGAGUCGACAAGUGGCUAAUCUAUUGGAUAGAGGUUUCAGCUGCCAAUUCUAUCAGCCGCAACGUUAUGUGGAUGGACUUUAUGAGAUUAAUGCAGCUUUUGAAGAGGUUUUUGGUGGUCUGGCUGGUGCUAGUGCAUACUUGACACCUGCCAACUCGCAGGCAUUGGCACCGCAUUACGAUGAUGUCGAAGUGUUUGUACUACAGACACAGGGGUGUAAAAAGUGGAAGCUUUACCAUCCAUUAGUCGAGCUGGCGGGUGAACAUAGCUCGGAUCUCGCGGUCGAUCAGCUUGGUGAACCAUGGAUGGAGCUGACUGUGGAGGAAGGUGACCUACUGUACUUCCCGCGUGGCGUUGUGCACCAGGCGUGUACAGACAAGGAACACUUUUCCACGCAUGUGACAAUCUCUGUGUACCAACACAACACGUGGGCUAAUUUCUUGGAGGUGGCGCUGCCCCGCGUCAUCCGUCAAGCCUUUGACUCGGACAUCGCGUUCCGUAAGGGGCUCCCUUUUAGAUACCUGAGCUACAUGGGAACGCAGUUUCCACCGGACUCUGCGAAGGCAAAGGGUUUUACAGCAACUUUCAAGAAACUAGUGGGCCAACUUGCUGCACAUAUAGGCGACAAGGACAUACAGGAGGCUUCUGAUGUGGCUGCGCUGGAUAUGCUAGCCAACCGCCUUCCACCACCUCGUGAGACAAAUGCUGACAAGUCUGGUCCUAGCCCACUUGAUAAAAAUGUUGUCAUUCGCUUCAAAAACCGCUCGCAUAUCCGCUUGUCGAUGGGUGAAGAUGAGACGAAGGAGGCUUUUGUUGCAGUCUACUACUCGCAGCACAACUGCAGGCGGCAUCACAUGGGUCUAUGCACAUGCGACGGCGGGGACGAGGAUCGCAAGGAGGACGCUGAAGACGACGACAGUGAUGAUGCUGACGAGAAUGCAGAAAGUGAUAGUGCUGACAGAGAUCCGGAUGAUGACGGUGGCAACGAGAGCGACGAUGAGGAAGACGACCUGGUCUCAGCUUUCGGACAGUUGCCUCCUCAACCGAAGAGCAUCGUGUUCCCAGGAGACCUGGCACCCGCACUAAUGAAGCUGUACGCGUUGUCUGCUUCCACCACGCAUGGUGCACCAAUCGACGAGCUGGCUGAAGUUGCCAGCAAUGAGGCAGCAGUGCAUGGAAUGCUCCUCCGUUUGUGGUCCGAAGACCUCUUAGAUGUUUCCCCGCAAUUGUAA